UUUGUUUCUUACAAGUCCGUCCAUAUAGAGUUGUCUAUGUCAUAGUUCAAUAAUUAACUUUCCUUCAUCAUGAGAAUCCUCCGAAAUUUGUUAACCAAAAGACAACCUUCUUAACUCAUCUCCAACCAGAGCUCCUCAAAAACCAUGGAGUCUAUUAUCUUCCAACAUCAACACCACCUCCAAUACCUCCCUCUCUAGCAUCUCUUUUGAAUGGGUAGACUCACCUCACAGUCCAAGAAACUCUCUCUCUUCUUCAACACAACCUUCCUCUUCCUGUUUUCCUUCUACCUCAUCACCAAUGUUCUCAACCCACCAAAGGGUACUUCAACUAACACCAUCCUGGCCGUCAACGGCGAUGGCUGCACCGGCAUCCACGAGUACGCUGAUUAUGAAGUAAAGUGCGCGUAUGUGACUUCACACAGUGCUUGCAAACCCAAAGGGUACAUAAACUACCUUGAAGUCUUCUAUUGCAGCUGUGGCCAAUUGCCUGGAUUAGGCUAUGCUACACUUCUCAUAUGGCUUGUUUUGCUAUUCUAUUUAUUGGCCAACACAGCUUCAGAAUACUUCUGUCCUGCAGUAGAAAGCUUGUCUAGAGCCUUGAAGCUCUCUCCCACCAUCGCCGGUACCACCCUUCUUCCGCUUGGCAAUGGUGCAAACGAUGUGUUUGCAAGUAUCAUAUCGUUUACGCGAUCCGGAGAUGGUGAUGUUGGCCUGAACAGUGUCUUGGGUGGGGCAUUUUUCGUUUCUUGUAUUGUGGUGGGGAUUAUAAGUAUAUUAAUCUCCCCUCGUCAGGUUACCGUUGAUAAGCCUAGUUUCAUUAGAGAUGUGUUGUUCUUUCUCUUCUCUCUUUGUUCACUUCUGUUGAUCAUAAUUGUUGGAAGAAUCCACUUUUGGGUUGCAGUUUGUUUCGCUUCCAUUUACUUUGUUUACAUAUGUUCGGUUUCUGCCAUGCACUGCUUUUACAGAGAGAAAGAAAGGGUAGUGAAUCUGUCUGCAGUUUCCCCUUCUUCAAGGAGCGUAUUCGGAGAUGAAUUUGGUGAGAUGGGUACACCAUUGAUGGGUUGUGUGGAUGAAGAAAAACCCAAUUUAGUGGAGAAAAGUGAUGUUGAAGCUUUUGGACAGAAACAAAGAAGAAGGUGUUUGAAUCUUGAUUCAUCAAUUUGUGCUCACUUGGGUUGGUUACUAUGGGUUUUGGAGUUCCCACUUUACUUGCCAAGAAGGCUCUCUAUACCUGUUGUUAGUGAGGAAAGAUGGUCCAAGGCAUUUGCAGUUAUUUCAGUUACUUUGGCUCCAAUUUUGUUAGCAACCCUUUGGAACACCCAAAAAGAAAACAUGACUUCAUCAGCCAGCUUGGUGAUUUACAUGAGUUCAGGGUUAGUAGGGAUCAUUUUGGGGAAUUUGGCAUUUAUGGCCACCAAGAGGUCUAGGCCACCAAAGAAGUGUUUGUUUCCUUGGCUUGCAGGUGGGUUUUUGAUGAGCAUAACUUGGACAUAUAUUAUAGCAGAGGAAUUGGUUUCUCUGCUGGUUUCACUUGGGACUAUAUUUGGGAUAAGCCCUUCAAUUCUAGGACUCACUGUCCUAGCUUGGGGCAACUCAGUUGGAGAUCUAAUAGCAGAUGUUGCCAUGGCUGUAAAUGGAGGUCCAGACGGGACCCAGAUCGCGAUAUCGGGUUGUUAUGCUGGACCCAUGUUCAACACUUUGAUAGGGUUGGGACUGUCACUUGUUUUUGCUUCAUGGUCUGAAUAUCCAUCUUCUUAUGUGAUUCCUACUGACCCUUCUCUCUAUGAGACUCUAGGCUUCUUGAUGGCUGGCUUGCUUUGGGCACUUGUGAUUUUGCCCAAGAAAAAUAUGAGGCUUGAUAAGUUUAUGGGGGUUGGACUAUUGGCUAUAUACUUCUGCUUUCUGUUUUUGAGGCUUGCUAGGGUUCUUGGGAUAUUGCAAUUUCAGGACCCUUUCUUCUUCAAAUCCUAAAGGGGAGUCUCUAGGGAAAAAAAAAAAAAAAAAAAAAUGAAGAGAGGUGAGCCUCUUUUUGAUUGUAGAACUAUGUUUUAUUAUUACACCGAUAGCAUUAAUUGCCACUAGACAAGAAAAUUAUUGAAGCCUGUAUCUUUUAUAUGUAUAUUCUAUACUGCUUGUUUAUCAAUUCAAGUGAGGACUCCUUUGGUCUCUUCAUUUAAUUUUAUCUAUAUUAUUUGUUUAUUACCA